CAGGAGGUGUGGGAGGUUAUGGGGGCCUGAGGGACCUGAGACCGCCGUGUGGUUUGUUUUGACUAUCCUGGAGAGGUACGGCACGGCUUCCAGUCUGGCGGGUUGGUCCUGUCAUGAGGAGGGAGAUACUAACCAGUGGUGUUGCAGUCCCUGUGACGACGAUGUCGCCACGAGUCAAAGGAACUUGUGAUCUGCGGUUGCCGAGAUUGUUGCCAAGGAUAACGCGCUGUCGAGGAAGGUCAAGAAACUGUAUCCGGAGCCGGUGGCUGGCCUGCUCGGGAAGAUGCUGCUUCAGCAACCGGAGCACUCAAUUCUCGCAUCAAUGGCGUGGGAGUCUCCUGCCAUGUCGACAUCGGCGACGACUCCGACUCCGACUCCGAGCCAGGGCCGCCUACCCCGUCCUCGUCCGAGCUUCCUUUCCCGGACACCAUGCUUGAAGGAUCUUUUGCCACCCUGGCAGAAACAGCCCUCGGUGACAUUCUUAUCCCAGUUCCAAACGCAGAGUCCGCUGAGCCCAACCACUCGACGGCUGCAAGUGGUCGUGACAGCACGGCCCCCGAAUCCAGCCACGUAUCACCGACCCCGCCAGACUCAGCCGGCUUCAGAGUCGUAACUGUCUCCUGUGCCGGCACCAACAUCUCCCCCGUCCGCUCCGACGCCCUGCCGCAACCAACCCCAGAAACCGCGAUCUCAGCAGACGCCGUCUUCCAACUCCCUGGAGUAACAGACUAGGUUGUCCUCGACUUCUUCGGCCGCGCCCUGCACGUCUGGCACCGCUUCGCGCGCCAUUCCCUCCCUCAUCACAGCGACGACAAACUGUUGAGCUCAAGCAGGGACCAACACUCGCCGAGUCACAAUUGGAAACUCGAAAGACUUUUCGCCUCGGCACUUCCGCGAGCUUGCAUGCCAACAGGGUGGAUGCUCGAGCUCAGCUGGCUCGGCUGGGGAAUGAGCAGGUGACUAGGAUGAUUGGGCUUGUGGUGGGCGAGCUGGAGAGGAGGUGUCUCCUUUCGUUGAUUCGCCUUCGGGGAGUCCUUCGAGCUGGGUGGGUGGUGAGCAACAGGAGAGUAUAAACUCGGGGUUGGGACAGGGGUCAGCAAGACUCUCGACUGUGCAGAUUGAGAGUGUCAGUAGUCGGUGGUCGGUCGAGGCGGUUUAUAAGGCGAGGGUUUUUGACUGA